AUGAACAGGACAAGCACCACAAAACUUCAGACCUUGGAAUCAAUCGAAAGAAUUUUUAAGAACCCCAUCGGGUACAACGAUAAGGGACGGCCAAAAUAUUUUGUCACGUUUCCGUAUCCAUACAUGAACGGAAAGAUGCACCUGGGCCAUUUGUACUCGUUUUCUAAAUCGGAAUUUAUGGCUCGAUAUAAAUGUAUGAAGGGAUUCGAUGUAUUUCUGCCCUUCGCCUUCCAUGGGACGGGAAUGCCGAUUUCAGCGGCUGCUAAGAAGUUAUGUGAGGGCGACCAAAGCACCGUACAGCUUUUAAACUCCAUUGGGAUCAAAGACGUUGAGCCCUUUAAGGAUGCCAAAUACUGGCUGCAUUACUUUCCGCCGCUAGCUACCGACGUAAUGACCAAGUUUCAAUCGUACAUAAAUUGGAACCAUUCGUUCACCACUACCGAUUUAAAUCCGUAUUACGACUCGUUUGUCAAAUGGCAGUUCUGCAGGCUCGAGAAAUACAUCUCGUAUGGUAAGAAGGAAACCAUAUAUUGUACCAAAACCAACCAGCCGUGUCUUGAUCACGACCGACGGACAGGGGAGGGUGUCAUUCCGGUUCUUGUGAAUAUGAGAAUGGUAUCGUUAGGAGAUACGUAUUUCUGCACCCGUGUUAAAGAUAGGACGAAUAGUGAUGAGACUGCCACGGCACCUCGUGCUAAGACCAUCACUGUUGGUAGGAUAACACGUUUUUUCAAGGUCGAUAUCAACGGCAAGAGCUGUAUCAUUGAUCAUUGGGCCCUUGAGAACAUGCGCUACCAAGAAUUUAAACUUGAAGUAUCGGGUGAAAUAAAAAUCGAAGAGAUUCCCGGACACAAGAGUUACAAAUUUGUAUACUUGGACAGGGAUCAGCCGCCUGUGAUCAACUUUUGUGAUCCGGCAGAUCCUUCCUUGGCGUAUUAUGAGCCAGAGAAGGAGGUUCAAGGACGUGCCGGCUCCAAAUGUGUGGUAGCAUCGGUUAAUCAAUGGUUUUUGGACUAUGACAAUGUUCAAUGGAAGAAAAAGGUUGCUGAAUGCAUAGAGGAUAUGAAUUGCCUGUCAGAGACCCGACGAAUGCUCCUGGACGCGCUUGGAUGGAUCGACAAAUGGGGGUUCUCGCGCACAUUUGGUCUUGGGACAUCGUUCAAAGAAUAUGUCAUUGAUUCGCUGAGCGAUAGCACGAUUUACAUGGCCUUUUAUUUGGCCAAGCCAGAGCUCUUUUCGGAUUUGUACGGAUUGGAACGCAAAAUAGAGCCAGAGUGCCUGACGAAUGCGGCAUGGGACUAUAUUUUCAAUUUCAGCGAUGUAAAUCCGUGCGAUGAUGAGAAGGAGCUGGUGCUAGAACGAGCACGGAAUGCAUUUGUCAGAUACUACCCCGUUGACUUGCGGGUAAGCGGCAAGGAUCUUAUCAAGAAUCAUCUUCUUUUUUACAUCUUCCACCACGUGGCCAUAUUUCCAAGAAAUUGUUGGCCGAAGAGAAUCUUUACGAAUGGUCACCUGCUUCUAAACAACGCAAAAAUGAGCAAGAGCGAGGGAAACUUUCUGACAGCUGAGGAUUCGAUCAAGUUAUUUGGUGCGAACGUGACAAGGAUUGUGCUUGCGGAUGCUGGCGACUUUAAUGAAGAUGCUAAUUUUAGCCAGGCACUUGCAGACACGUACAUCCUCAAAAUAUACACGUUUGUGAAGUAUGUUGAGAGUUUUAUCAAGGAAGUGAUCCACACAUUGCCAGACAAGGAGGAUUAUCGGACGGCGGUUGAACAGAAAGUUACCAGUUUCGCUGACAGGUAUGAGCGGUAUAAAUCCAAUUCGUGCAGCAAGACGCCCGGCAUAUCAUUUGCGGACGAGCUUCUUAAGGAUGGCGUUGACUUUCUUGUGGAUAAAUGUGAUCAAUCGUAUGAGAGCAUGACGUAUCGAGACGCGAUCAAGUACGGUUUUCAUGAAUUUAAGACACUGAUGGAGCUGUGCAUGUCGCUCAACUGCUCAAGCGAAGCCAUGUUAUACGCGAUAAAAAAUAAUCUGCUGGUCAUGUACCCUGUUAUCACGUCAAUCUGCGAUUAUCUUCUCGAAAAAUAUUUCAAGAAAGUGCUGGUAUGGCCGGUCUCAAUCGUGAGAAAGGACAAUGUUUAUCUCGGAUUGGAGUGGUUUAGAAAAUUUAGCAAGAAUCUUGCGAGCAAGGCUGCCAGAAUGCAGAAGAAGAACGUAAGAAUUUACGUGGGCACGGUUGUGCCGGAAUGGAAAACGCUGGUGCAAGACAUUGAUCCUGAUGAUAUAGUGGCUUUGAGAAAGUUUUUCGCCAAGUUUGAGAUCAAUCCCAAGAAGGGGAUGAGUUUUGUGAAGGACCAUGUCAAGUACAACUUUGAUGAGCAUCGGCUUCUUUCUGGUCUUAAGACCAGCUUGGAGAAAAAAUUAGGGGUUAAUAUUGAAAUACUGACCUGUGUGGAUGGCAAGGGUGAGCCAUACGAACCGGCUAUCGAGUUCUAUUAAAAAGAAUUUUUGUUGCGUAA